GCAGCCGCUGCUGCCGCCGCGGGAGCCGCUGCCCGAACUCCCAGCCCGAACUCCAGAACUGAGCAUGCAGAAUUCAAAGGGUGGAUCCGACUCGCCGGCUUCUGUGGCUCUGUGUCCAUCGGCGGGAGCCCAGGCCCCUGUGGCCCAGCCUGUGCCAGCCUCCCCGCAGAGAGUGUUGGUCCAGACAGCGGGCUCGGCUCCCAAAGGGGCCCAGAUGCAGCCAAUCUCCCUCCCCAGGGUCCAGCAGGUGCCACAGCAGGUCCAGCCCGUGCAGCACGUGUACCCCCCGCAGGUGCAGUACGUGGAAGGCGGAGACACGGUCUACACCAAUGGAGCCUUACGGACGGCCUACGCCUACAACCCCGAGCCUCAGAUGUACGCCGCGAGCAGCACGGCCUCCUACUUCGAGGCCCCGGGCGGCGCCCAGGUGACCGUGGCCGGCUCCUCCCCGCCAGCGGUCCCCUCCCACAGCAUGGUGGGCCUCCCCAUGGAUGUCGGGGGGAGCCCCAUGGUCUCCAGCGCGGGAGCCUAUCUCAUCCACGGGGGGAUGGACAGCACCAGACACUCCCUGGCCCACACUUCCCGGUCAUCGCCGGCUACGCUUGAAAUGGCGAUUGAAAACCUCCAAAAAAGCGAAGGGAUCACUUCACACAAAAGCGGUUUACUCAACAGCCAUCUCCAGUGGCUGUUAGAUAAUUACGAAACCGCGGAGGGCGUGAGUCUCCCCAGAAGCUCUCUCUACAACCAUUACCUGCGGCACUGCCAGGAGCACAAGCUGGACCCUGUGAACGCUGCCUCCUUCGGGAAGCUGAUCCGCUCCGUUUUCAUGGGGCUGCGGACGCGGCGGCUGGGCACCAGGGGCAACUCCAAGUACCAUUACUACGGGAUCCGCCUGAAGCCGGACUCGCCCCUGAACCGGCUGCAGGAGGACACCCAGUACAUGGCCAUGCGGCAGCAGCCCGUGCACCAGAAGCCCAGGUACCGGCCAGCUCAGAAGACGGACAGCCUCGGGGACGGUGGCUCGCACGGCGGCCUGCACAGCACCCCGGAGCAGGCCAUGGCCGCCCAGAGCCAGCAGCACCAGCAGUACAUAGAUGUGUCCCACGUCUUCCCGGAGUUUCCUGCGCCUGACCUGGGCAGCGCCCUGCUGCGGGGGAGCGUCACGCUGCACGACGUCAAGGCCCUGCAGCUGGUCUACCGGCGGCACUGUGAGGCUACUCUGGACGUCGUGGUGAGCCUGCAGUUUCACUACAUCGAGAAGCUGUGGCUGUCCUUCUGGAACUCGAAAGCCGCCUCUGGUGACGGCCCCGCCUCUCUCCCUGCCAGUGACGGAGAGCCCGAAGCCACUGUCCUCCCGAAGGACAAGCUGGUGUCACUGUGCAAGUGCGAGCCCAUUCUCAAGUGGAUGCGGAGCUGCGACCACAUCCUGUACCAGGCCCUGGUGGAGGUCCUCAUCCCCGACGUGCUGCGCCCGGUGCCCAGUACCUUGACCCAGGCCAUCCGUAAUUUUGCCAAGAGCUUGGAAGGCUGGCUGACGAAUGCCAUGAGAGACUUCCCACAGCAGGUCAUCCAGACCAAGGUGGGCGUGGUCAGCGCCUUCGCACAGACCCUGCGCAGAUACACGUCCCUCAAUCACCUCGCUCAGGCCGCCCGGGCCGUGCUCCAGAACACUUCUCAGAUCAACCAGAUGCUCAGUGACCUCAACCGCGUGGACUUUGCCAACGUGCAGGAGCAGGCCUCGUGGGUGUGCCAGUGCGAGGAGAGCGUCGUGCAGCGCCUGCAGCAGGACUUCAAGCUGACGCUGCAGCAGCAGAGCUCCCUGGACCAGUGGGCGACCUGGCUGGACGGCGUGGUCACCCAGGUCCUGAAGCAGCAUGCGGGCAGCCCCAGCUUCCCCAAGGCCGCCCGGCAGUUUCUUCUGAAAUGGUCCUUUUACAGCUCCAUGGUGAUCCGCGACCUCACACUGCGCAGCGCCGCCAGCUUCGGCUCCUUCCACCUGAUCCGCCUGCUCUAUGAUGAGUAUAUGUUCUACCUGGUGGAGCACCGCGUGGCGGAGGCGACAGGGGAGACGCCCAUCGCCGUGAUGGGGGAGUUCAACGAUCUCGCCUCCCUGUCGCUGACGCUGCUCGACAAAGAUGACCUCGGCGAGGACCGCGGCGGCGAGGCUGACCCCGACGCCCACAGCCUGGGCGAGCCGCUGGUGAAGCGGGAGCGCGGCGACCCGAACCACUCCCUGCAGGGCAUCUAGCUGGACGGUGCCUUCCCUGGGCUCCAGACCGGGCCCCUCGGCUCCGCCGCCACAGUGCCUCUUAGGUGACGUGACCUGACCCCCCAGGGCACCGGCGCACCCUCAUGGGACUCGCCGCUCCUCAAGAAAACCAUUGGUAAACACGGCCGAAGGUGAUGGCAGGCUCCCGAGUGCCCGAGCCGCUCACCUGGUCUCCCUGGGUCAUCUUCUCCUGGACGCUCUCACUGUCUCCUCUGUUGACCGUGAGCUCUGGUCCUCCACGCACCCCCGCCUGAGGGCCGCACGCCUCGGCGCCUCCACCUUGGGCUUCUCUGUUCCGCCGGUUCCAAUUUCCACCGUUAUUUUUUAAAAGUCAGAUCCCAGGAGGGAGGGGAUGUCCUGCAGCUGCCGAGCCACCCUGAGCCCACCGGUGUCCACGGAGCCCCCGCCCUGGCGCCCGCUGGGGGGAAGGGACCAUCUCAGCGCUGUGCCCGUGGCCGAUUGCCGAGUCCCUGGGCCACUCACAGCCCACAGCCCCGUGCGUCUCCAAGAACAAGUCACGGAAACGGCCGGCUCAUGCCGAGACACCGUGGUGUCUUUAAGAAUCAAAACCAUAUGUUUUAUCAGCCACUAGAAGGAUUUGGGUUCUGUCCAAGUUCACAGCCAACAUCAGGCCAAACUGCUGGGUCUGGAAUGAGUUUGUUCCGAGGGGGCUGGGUGGUCGGUGUUUCUGUGGUGCCUUCAGAGGGCCAAUCUGCCUGGCUCCCGCUCCACAGAAUCUUCUGGAAUGCCUGCCUUUGAACUAUCAAUCCUGGAGCACUUUGACCCCGGGCAAGUCCCAUCUUGAACUUCUCAAAGUAGAAACUCUUCUUUGAGUUAAACGAAUCCCCGAGGACUUGCACGUCCUUGAACUUUGAACACUCCGGAUCUGUAUCCGUCAUAACACGUUGCACUUGGUUAGCUCCGUGCAGGAGUUCCGCCCCCAAACCAACCGCAAAGAAGAAAGACAAACCUCUGGUCUAGGAAGCGCCAUCUUACAAAAUGCAAUAGUUUCUUCUUUGGGAAAUACGUUUAUAUCAAUAGUUUUGUGCUCUACUUGUUAUUAGAACGUUUCUUAUGAACAUGUAUAUUGCAGUAUAUUCAGUCCCCAAUAUUUUUUUCUCACACAGAAGGUACUGAUGUAAACUCACGUGGCCUUUAAAAACCUUCCUUCCUCGGCCCACGUCAGGUGUGCGGACAGGUGCGGAGGGGAAGACGAGAAAGACAGGCGCCUAUUUUAGAAGCCGAAAAGUCCAUGACGAUCACAAUGUUUGUCUGCUUUUACGGUUCAAGACUUAGAUGGAAUCAGACAGAAAGAAUGUCUUUAAAAUAUAUAUCUUCUCUCCUGGGAGACAUUUACGCUCCCGGUUCACGGA